AUGAUGAAGCGCGGUACCAUCGAAAUCUGGCUGCUUGUACUGUGGGUGGGUGCGCUGCCAACUCCGGGCAUGCCAGCAGCUUCCAUGCCUCUUGCCGAGAGGACAGCUGGUGCCUUGUGGGGCCUCUUUGCCGGUGAUGCUCUGGCAAUGCCUGUGCAUUGGUACUACGGAGGUCCGGACCAGAUUCGAGAAGAUUUUGGUGGCCAGCUUCUGUCGGGUUUCGAGCGAUCGGUUCACCCAUACCCAGACUCCAUCAUGCAGCUUAGCAACACUGGAGGAGGUGGCCGAGGAAGCAGUGAAGGAGAUGUUGUCGGAGGAGUCAUCCUGCAUGGCAAGAAAGAGUAUUGGCGGCGCUAUGGUCAGUUUCAUUACCACCAUACCUUGGAAGCAGGUGAAAACACACUGGAAGCAUCGCUGGUGCGAGUUCUGUUGCAAAGCCUCAAGAGCACGGGCCGUUUCUCCGCGGACGACUUUCGACGGCGAUACAUUGAGUUCAUGACGACUCCAGGCACACACAACGACACCUAUGCCUCUACUUGCCACAGGAUGUUCUUUCAGAAAUGGCGAGCAGGGGUCGAUCCAAAGGACUGUCCUGAUAACGAUGGCCACAAUGUCGACACGAUUGACGGUUUAGUUAUCCCAUCUGUGGUCGCUUUGAUCUCUUUGGCUCAGGGACACAGUGUGACCACUGCCGCUGCGCUUGCUGUCGAAGCAUUGGCGGUGACACGCUCGUCUCAGGUGCUCCCUGAGUACAUCAGGACCGUGACCUACAUGCUCGACAAGGUCCUCCAAGGAUCACCCUUGGAUAAAGCUGCGGCGGAGACGGCAAUGGAGGUGUAUGGGAGUGAUCUGGCAGCAGCCGUGCGCAAGCGCGGCAGCACAGAUCCGGUUGUUGCCUGCUACAUCGGCGGGUCGUUCCCAGCACUGCUUCAUUUUGCCUACAAAUACACUGGCAGUGCUUGGGAUGCCCUUUUGGCUUCCGCGAAUGCGGGCGGUGAGAACGUACACCGUACUGGGUCUGCUGUUGGGUGCCGCGCAAGGGCGGAAGGGCUUGAUCGCCAAGGAGGAGGGUCUGAAGCAUCAUGUGGAGCUGACGGAGGAGAUCGAGGCCAUCGUGAAUCAGGCUCUGCAGAGGACGAGCUCGUCAGACCUCUGAAAGAGCGUCACAACAGGAAAGGAAAGAACCACGAGGAGGGUGCCGGCUUGUGCUGGCUCGCAGGUGAACAAGUGGCCGGCAACUGUGAGCCGUUACCUUUCAUUUUCAGCCGCUACCUUUCAGUUUCUCCAGUCGAGAGGCCUGGGGACUGCAUUGUUGUGCGUGUUCAUGAGAUCAUGUUUCCUCAUGCAACCGCGACUCUGGCAAAUCUUACGGGCGGCUGGGAACUGCAAAAAGGCCAGCUGCUGACAAAGGUAAACUGCCAACUGCCGAGGUCCUUGACGGUCGAUUCCAACCAGUUUCGUGGCACAGUGAAAGCAACAGACCUUGGAGGCUUCUGCGACACCACUGCAACUCCUGCUGCGAGCGCCCGGGCCGGCAGCGGCAUUUCCAAGGAGGAGCUGGCGCAGAGAGAGGCCAGGGACCGACAUCUUGCAGACAUCAGCGAAGAAGCCGAAGAGGCUGUGCAGCAGAGAGAGCUCUGGCAGAAUCAUCUCAGGCGCUGCAUGGAGGAGGAGAAGAAGGAUAUGGACUGGAGAAGUGCGAUCGAGCGCGAUUACAGAGAAAUGUUGAAGGAUCAGAUACGAGAAGUUCGGCAACGACGGCAAGAAGCAAAGCGCGAGUCGGUGGAGCAGGCGUCAAUGCACGGUUUUCCAGACUUCUCCAAGCCGUCCAGCAUUUCCGUGAAGGAUUACAUCGUGGAGCGUCGCCUGCACCUGAAGGAGGACCUGGACCUGCAGGUGGAGCUCAAGAAGCGCCAAAAGGAGCACCGGAAGGCCAUUGAGCACGAGAUGGAUCACAUCAACAAUCUGGCAGCACAUAAGGAGCUGGCGCAGCAGAAGGUGAAGGAUCGCGAGCGAGGGCGGCAAGUCCUUCAGGAGUGCUUGCAGAAUUGGGAGGACACGAAGCGCAUCAAAGAUGCAAGGGCUGCCAUCACCCAUUUCAAGAAGUCUCCAGCGGCGUCUGGCACUGGCCUGGCCGACAUUGUAACCCACCUGCGUUCCGAAACUGGGUCUCUAAGUGCGCGGGAGAAGACCCCGAGCAAUCCAACCGCCCUACCGAAGUCCCACUGUGAGCGACCACAGAAGGUGAACAUUGCUGCCGAGCUGCCAGCGACUCCCAGCGAAGAUGCGCUUUCCAUGCCUCUGUCGAGUCGGCCAACUACAGGUUCCGUGCGUCGCUUUCCGAUUUCGGCUGCGGCCAAUCUGGCGCUCACGAAGCAACGCCUCAAAGAGCGAGGAAUGAUGUGA